ACAAUGUCUGUCUUCAAUAGCUCUGCUAUGGACCCGCGCUUCCUUCUGACAGGCUUCUCAGGCCUUGAAAGCAGAUAUGGCUUGAUUUCCCUCCCCAUCUUCUUUGUUUAUGCCACCUCAGUUGCAGGGAACAUUACUAUCCUCUUCAUCAUCAGAACUGAGCCUUCCCUCCACCAACCAAUGUACUACUUUCUGUCAAUGUUGGCACUUACUGACCUGGGCCUGUCCACUACAACCUUGCCUACAAUGUUCAGUGUCUUCUGGUUCCAUGCACGGGAGAUCUCCUUCAACACUUGUCUGGUCCAGAUGUACUUCAUUCAUGUUUUCUCCAUUAUUGAGUCAGCUGUGCUGUUAGCCAUGGCCUUUGACCGCCUGGUGGCCAUCCGAGAGCCCUUGCGCUAUGCAGCCAUUCUAACCAAUGGUGUCAUCAGUGGCAUUGGAUUGGCAAUUGUAGGAAGGGCUUUGGCUCUGGUCUUUCCAGCUUCCUUCCUCCUUAAGAGGCUUCAAUAUCGGCCUGUCAAUAUUCUCUCCUACCCUUUCUGCCUGCACCAGGACCUCAUAAAGACAACUGUGUCCAGCCGUCGAGUCAGCAGCAUCUAUGGCCUCAUAGUGGUCAUUUGCUCCAUGGGACUCGAUUCAGUGCUCCUCCUCCUCUCCUAUAUCCUCAUCCUUGGCACAGUGUUGAGUAUAGCCUCCAAAACAGAGAGGGUGAGAGCUCUCAAUACCUGUAUCUCCCACAUCUGUGCUGUCCUUACCUUCUACACACCAAUGAUUGGGCUAUCUAUGAUCCGUCGUUAUGGGCAGAAUGCUUCCUCAAUUGUCCAUGUGCUCAUGGCCAACGUCUACUUGCUGGUUCCACCCCUCAUGAACCCCAUUGUCUACAGUGUCAAAACCAAGCAGAUUCGAGACAGAAUUCUCAAGAAAUUCAAACAACAGAAAGUUUAG